CCGCGUCUGCUAAUUCACACCCGUUUCUGCCGCGACGCCGCGCGCCUCCUCUGCGCUGCCUGCGCGCGUCUGCUCUCCCUCCGCCGCCUGCUUCGCUUGCUCCGCCUAGCUACUCCGCGCGCCGCCUGCUUCGCUUGCUCCGCCUACUCCGCGAGCCGCCUGCUCCGCACGCCGCCUGCUCCGCCUGCUCCGCUGCCUGCUGCGCCGUCUGCUUCGCCUGAUCCGCCGCCGCCUAAUUCGCCUGCUUCACCUGCUCCGCCGCCGCCUGCUCCGCCCCCUACCUGCCUGCUCCGAUAAGCUCAGCCCCUAAUUCGAAACCCUAGCCUAAAAUCAGUGAUGGUGCGCGGUCUUGCUUUCCGCGACGCCGCCCAAGCCGCCGAGGAAGGUGCCCAAAACGCCUCACAAGAGUUGGAAAUUGGGAUUUUUAGGUCACCAAGUGGCAAUCAACUAAAUAGUGUCGACACUGGAAGCCAGGUUUGCAAUUUAGCCUGGAGCAAGAAUGUCAACGAAAUAGUUAGCACGCACGGAUACUCCCAGAAUCAAAUAAUGGUGUGGAAGUAUCCAACUAUGUCAAAGGUGGCAACGCUAACCGGGCAUAGUUUGCGGGUAUUGUACCUGGCAAUGUCUCCUGAUGGCCAGUCGAUUGUGACCGGAGCAGGAGACGAGACACUCAGGUUCUGGAACGUCUUUCCAUCCGUUAAAACGCCGGCACCGGUGAAGGACACUGGCCUUUGGUCUUUAGGAAGAACUCAAAUCAGAUGAUGAUGUGACACAUCAGGCACCGGUGAAGGACACUGGCCUUUGGCUCGUUGCAUUCAUUGUUCGAUAAACCAAGUUACUCCAAAGAGGACAUUGAUGACGUGCGUAAAGAAUGGGCGGACUGUGUACAAGAUCAUAUACUUGAGUAAAGAGGUAUGACGUUGCUAGUUUGGAUGCAAAGUGGAAAAAUGUCAUAUACACUUGAAAGUUUUAGUUGACGCUUAGUGAAGAACAUUGCUUAGUUGCAUAUUUUGGUUGGUAGAAUUAUGUUUAAAGUACAAUGCAAAAAAUUCUAGUCCGUUGAACUAAUUCUCGUUUCUAGAUUAUUGUAAUGACUCUUGAAUAUUAAACUUUAUUUAAAUUUAUGUGCUUUGAUUUGUGUUUA